AACUUUGAACCUGUUAAUCAGUGAACCUUUUUUUUAGGCGGUUGAGUUGACCAAAUACAGCUUUGGUCAAUAUACACAACAUAAAUGCUAAAAUUUUGACUUCAGUCAUCUUAUUUAUACCAUUUGAUUUUGCUACCAGCAGUGUUGGGUGGAUACUGCUCACAAUUUACCUCAGGAGAAACCUGGGAUAAAGUGCUUUAUUCAGGAACCCAAUGUUAAAGGUAGGUUUGUGGUCUCCAAUUUAGAUUUUCUAUCCGCUUUUGGGUUAUUUUGGAUUAGAUGAAGUAAAAAUAAAAAAACAUACAUUAUUUUAACAAGUUGAGAAAGAAAUCAUAAUUUUAGGAACCUUUCACUAAACGUUUCUUUUUGUAACAAAAAUGAUUCUUACAUGCUUUGCUGCAAAAAAUCCCUUAUAGCCCAUAUAUAUUUUAAGAGGGUAAUCUAGAGAAACUUUGCGGCAAUAUCUGACAAAAUUGUCAAACUUAAGGGGAUUUAGCAAAUCAAGCUGUUUUGUAAUAAAGAGAGCAUUACAUAGAUCUUGGACUAUGCACACAGGUGGUCCUUUUAGCCUUCACAGUGGUAUUCAAUAUAAAAAAGAUUUGUUUAAUUAGACAGGUUAUGCUCUUUGCUUUGGAUCCUGGGGUAGUACUCACUCUCUUUAUGCUUUUACUGAGUGUUAUGAGACCAGAUUAAAAUAAAUAAAAAAGAUACAAUGUUGUCAUAUACCUCUGUACUCAGUGAUUUAAUGCUCACCUGGAGUGCUAUAUACCUAAUGAUGUAAAUUUUAUUAAUACCAUCCUUCCAGAUAUUUAGUUUUGACAGUCGAAACAGGACCAAUAAAGGCUUUAAAUCUUCCAGAAGUCUGCAUGUUUCAGUGUCAUAAAGGAUCUACAUAGACAUGUCAUUCACAUAAUUUGCGUUAUUAAUUAUAAAACAGUAACAGGUAAGUUAACUGGACUCUUCAGGAUUGUGCCACUGCCAGCUGGUGGUGCGUCAUCAAAACAAAAGCAAGCAAAAGGUGAGGUUUAUUGCAUAAGAGUUAUUUGUUUUUAAAGAUAAAGUGAGGCCAGCUCGUUUUCGUGCAGCUGCAUUUAUUUUGUAACGCUGAAAUUGCAUGGGAAUUAAAUUGACUUGAGUAAUUCUUCAUAUUGCAUCCCUGCUCAGCUGAUGCUUAUUUGCCAAGUAGAUCUUUUUGCAACCAUCAGCUUGUAUUUUACCACCACUAAUAAUUUACUUGAACAUAGCAGUGGCGUAUAAAACAGUCAGUCUGUUGACACUGGAACUAAUAUUUGCCACCAAUGUGCAUGAGUGCAUAACAUUGCCUCUUAAAUCCAAUGAAUCAAGUUAUGUCAACCUUUUCUGUAACGCAAAAAGUCUGUCUUACUCAUUUUGGGAAAAAUAAAGUUUGGGCAUUGAAGUUUCUUCCCACAAAGGCUCCUUCUUGUAUUCUCUCUGGCUGCUGUGUAGGACUACAUUGGCAACAGCUGCACUUUGGACUUGAUUUUAUGCCCAAAAACAGAUCUAGGUUUUAGACCAGCAAUGCAAGCCAGUUUAUUCACAUGUGUCUACUGAGUACAUUUUUGUAUACGCAAUUCCCAAACUGUUUAAGUGAAACGGAUCCACACUUUACAUCAUUUCAGUGUUUUUUUUAUUCUGUUCACACAUCAAAUGUUGUUUCGAAAGGUCCUUUUAGUACAAACUUGUGUUAAAACAUGUCUGCCGUUUGAUCUCCAGUUUCUUUAGAUUGAUGUCAGAUCUGUCUUAACCUGAACGUGUGCCAGCACUGGCGAAUGCAGUGACCAACAUUCUCCGAAUUUCUGUAAAGCAGUCUGUUCUUCUGUUGCCCUGGAUAAUGUAUGAAUGCUUGCAGUAGUGACUUUUACCUACCCAUCUAUUAUGGGUGACAUUUACUUGCUCGGUUGUGUGCAAGAUAGAUGACACAGAAUGGACUUGAUGAGAUACUGGGUUACAAAUUUAACUGUGAUUUGAAUAUAACAGGGACCUAUUGACCUCGAUAUGCCUGUGCUCAAGGGCUUAUAUAUGCCGAAUGAUAAUCCAUUAAUGUCCCUAACCUGUGAUAUCUUUUCAUGUUUCUUUGUCAAAUCAGCAUUCAUGCUUUUAGGGCCUCUAUUUCACACAGCACUGGGCAAACAGAUCUGUCUUAAUGUUUGUCAGUUGCCUAACCAUUUAUCAGCGAUCGGUAAGUGCACUGGCAGCUGGGACAUUUCGGUCAUGUGUGUGUGUUUAAAAGCACGCUCAAAAAGAAAAUGCAUGCACUAAAAUGGUUCUUUUUGUUUAUUAACACACGCACACACACAUGCACACACAUUUUAGACCGUUUUGUAUUUCUAAACCCAGUGACCUGGUCGAAUAGGCAUUUUAGGGCAUUUGAACAUUGUACCUUCCCUCUCUUCCUCUUUGGGGUUGUAGCACAGCAGCCCCAGCUGUCCUCACGGGGGCAGGACGUGUUAAGACAAACCCGGACUGAGUGCAGAAGAGAGUAAAAGUAGUACAGCUAGGGGCUGAGAUGUCAUUUGAGCUCCAGGAAAGGAAGGGGCAAACUUGAGACAGGACUGUGAGCUCGGUGAGCUUUUUAAAGAAAUCAACGGAGAUCCUUGACAGGGGUGUGCUCGUGGGUGCAUGUGUGAGUGUACGGGUGCCUACGUGUGUUUGGGUGAAACUGUCAGAACUUACUUUCACUAAAGUGAUUCAUCUGCUGCCGGUCUGUCAUCAGGUGGUAAGUUUUGGAGAUACAAUAUUUUUUGAGGAUUUGAAUAAUUCACAUAUGCACUAUACAUAAAUUCUUACAUGCUGAAAAUAACUAAUAUAGAUUAACAUAGGUUAAUAAUAUAGAUUUAGAACUAUUUAACAUGCACAUUAUUGUAAUGUAAUGACAGACAGCAGUGUAUUUACUCAUUGCAUUAGGAAUUAAUGUGUUUUACUAGCCUACUGUAUAUGAAAUAGACUGUGUUGUAACUAUGCUUCAGAGUUGCAUGUCAAGUUAUGCAUGAUAAAAACUGAGCAGCCCAGAGGCUACAGCUCAAAGGUAGAGAGUCAUGCAUGCUAACUUUCUCAGAAAUCUGACAGGUUGUAAGUAGAUGCAUUGUAAUGUUAAUGCACAGUUAUUUGGUUUAAUAAAUCAGAGCAUCCAAAAUUUAAAAAAAAAUAUCUAUUUAAUUUGGAGCAGUACUAAUACAAUGGAGUAAUUUUAUGGGUGCUUUUUAGGAAAGCGUUGGUCUACAACACAAGUGCACUAAAUGGCACACUGCCAAAAAGAACAUACUGUAUAUGGCUCUUUAAAGAGACAGUGCUUUUUAUUAUACAGUUUAACUUAAUGGCGCUCAAAUACCACUAUAAGAAUUUGUGACAUUAAAUCAGAGGGAUAAUAUUAAUUUGUCUAUUUAUAUCAGCAUUAAAUAAGCUUUGUAUAAUCCUACUGCUGAACGUAAGUGGGGAAUCCUUAUUAUGGAUUUGUACUUCAUUGAUGUUUGCUAAAGUAAACCGCAAUCGUAACUCUUUUUAAUUCCAAGAAUUAGUGUCUUAACCUAUAAACCUUGUGCCAAGUACAUGUCAAAAUGAAACGUAAAGUUUUAUCUUGCUGUUAUGUAAUAUUGCCGAGGGCUUUUGCAGUAUUCUUUAAGUGCAAUACUUAAACAUGCUUAAACUGGAGUCAAGUGAGAACAAAAGCCAAAGAUAUUAUAAAAUAAUACAGUGGUUCUUCAUAAUCAUUCUGCAUGCAACAGCUCUAAUUUGAUGCUCGAUACUAUCAGGUAUUUCAGUACAUUUAGCAUUUUGUGUACUUCCAAAUGUAGUUUACUCUUAAAAAUAAAGGUGCUUCAUGAAUCUUUUUUUUUUGCAAUAUGGGUUCAUAAAGAACUUUUAACAUCCAAGAACUUUUAUGUUUCACAAAAGGUUAUUUGUGGUGAUAAAGGUCCUUUAGAUUUUAAAAAGGAAAGAAGGAAAUUGUUGUUUAAGAGUUUGAUCUAAUGGUUCUUAAAGAACCAAAUUAUUUUACGGCAUCCCUGUUAGGAACCUUUAAAGCACCUUAAUGUUUAGAAGUGUAGUGAGUGUAACUAUCUUAUAUUUUGAUUAAAUAUUUUGACUAAUCAUUGACUAGAUUAUUUGUAGUUAUAGAUCUAAUCAAAGCUUAAAAUGAAUGUUUUUUUCUGUCGGCCAGUUUGGCCAGCUAGAUGACAUUACCUUGAUGAGAUAUUUAACCUCCUAAGACCUGGUGUGUCCACAUACGUGGACAUCAAAUUUUUUGUUGUUCACACCAUAAUACUUAGUUCUGUGUAACUGGAACCUGUUGUACACAAACGUGAACAAUUACACUGCUUCCUGUUCAAAGAAAUUUUUUUUGUUAUUAAAUUUAUCUGUUGUUCCUAACCCCAAAUUGCUGAAAGAAAUCUGAAAAAAAGACAAACCAAAGCUCGGGUCUAAGGAGGUUUCAGGAGCAACAUUAGAAAAUUACAUUAAGUUAGCAAAAAACAUGAGACAUAUUGACCACGCACCACUUGCCAGAUACAGCAAGUGACAUUUUUUCAUAAAAAAUGCAGCAGGAUCAACAACAAUGCACAAUAAUACAAACAAAAAUAUGUGUGCUUUGUUUAUUUUUUUAAAAACAUAACUAUCUGGACUACAGGAAGAAUGUUGGAAAAUUGCCUAACGUUCGGCCGCUCCCUUGUGAGGAGGAAAAUUGUGAACGAAGACAGUCUGGAGGAGUCCAAGCUGUGUCGUUGCCUCUCCACUGUUGAUCUCAUUGCCCUUGGGGUAGGAAGUACACUGGGAGCUGGGGUCUAUGUGCUCGCUGGUGAGGUGGCCAAAGGCAACUCUGGCCCCAGUAUCGUGGUGUCCUUCCUCAUCGCUGCUCUGGCAUCUGUGAUGGCCGGCCUUUGCUAUGCAGAGUUUGGUGCCCGUGUACCAAAGACAGGCUCGGCCUAUCUGUACAGUUAUGUGACUGUAGGGGAGCUCUGGGCCUUCAUUACAGGAUGGAAUCUCAUUCUGUCAUAUGUAAUAGGGACAUCUAGUGUGGCCCGUGCCUGGAGUGGGACGUUUGAUGAGCUCAUAGGGGGCCACAUUGAGGAGUUCUGCAAAACAUACUUCAAAAUGAGUUUUCCCGGCCUUGCUGAGUACCCUGAUUUCUUUGCAGUCUGCCUGAUCUUACUCUUAUCAGGUCUUCUCUCCUUUGGCGUGAAAGAGUCGGCUUGGGUCAACAAAAUCUUCACAGCUGUAAACGUGCUCGUGCUAAUAUUUGUCAUUAUCUCUGGAUUCGUCAAAGGAGACUCAGACAAUUGGAAUCUAUCAGAGGAAUCAAUCAUAAAUUUCACCAUUGUCACAAGGAAUCUUUCAUACACAGCUAAUGUUACCAGUGAUUAUGGUGCGGGGGGGUUUUUACCUUAUGGUUUUGGUGGGACUCUGGCAGGUGCAGCCACAUGCUUUUAUGCCUUUGUAGGAUUUGACUGCAUUGCAACCACAGGUGAAGAGGUGAAAAACCCCCAGAGGGCGAUUCCCAUUGGUAUUGUGGUCUCCCUGCUGGUCUGUUUCCUCGCCUACUUUGGUGUCUCUGCGGCUCUCACCCUCAUGAUGCCCUAUUACCUGUUGGAUGAGAAGAGUCCUCUGCCUGUGGCUUUUCAAUAUGUAGGCUGGGAACCUGCAAAAUAUGUUGUGGCUGGUGGUUCACUUUGCGCUCUGUCAACCAGCCUGUUGGGUUCCAUGUUCCCUCUCCCACGCAUACUGUUUGCCAUGGCACGAGAUGGCAUACUGUUCCAAUUUCUUUCCAAAGUGAGUAAGCGUCAGUCGCCAGUGGCUGCCACUAUGGCAGCGGGCACUACAGCGGCAAUCAUGGCCUUCCUGUUUGACUUGAAAGCACUGGUGGAGAUGAUGUCUAUUGGAACUUUGCUGGCAUAUUCUUUAGUAGCUGCCUGUGUUCUUAUCCUCAGAUAUCAGCCGGAUGCUGCGUUUGAGAGGUCCAGAAUCAAUGAAGAAAAGGAAGCAAUGGGUGAAUCUGAACUGACUGAAUCUGAGUCUCAUCUCAACAUGUUAAAGGAUGGAGAAAUAACCCUACACUCGCUGUUCAAUCCUCCACAGCUUCCCACAGAACAGACCUCCACAGUGGUCAAUGUGUCUGUUAUUAUUACGGUGCUUAUUGUGUGUGUUGUAAGCACGCUUAACACAUACUAUGGACAAGCCGUUGCUGCCAUGGAGCCUUGGGCCCUGGGGGUGUUAGCAGCAUCUUUGUUCAUCUUCAUUUUGUGCAUCCUUUUGGUUUACAGACAACCUCAGACGAGAAAGAAAGUUUCUUUUAUGGUUCCUCUGUUGCCCUUUUUGCCCAUCUUGAGUAUAUUUGUCAACGUGUAUCUCAUGGUUCAGCUCAGCGGGGACACAUGGAUCCGCUUCUCCAUCUGGAUGGCAAUAGGUUUCAUCAUCUAUUUUGGUUAUGGGAUGUGGCAUAGUGCUGAACGCCAGAGGCAUUUACAAAGCUGCGGUGUGGUGUCAGAGAAAAAGAAACUGACAACAAACAAAGGCAUUGAAGACUAUCUGAUUCAAACAGAGAAGACAAGUCCAUGUUAGACUGAAAGAGAGACUUAUAUUAACAGACUGUUAUCCACAGCAUUCACCAACCAGCUGACAGACUUCCAGAGCUCUGUGUAUACAGCUCUGCCUUUACACUGCCAUCAUGAACAAUAUUUUAUCACUUUAAACAUCUCUCAGUGCUGAUGAUCUCAUACAUGCUGUGAUUAUAUCACAUUAUAAACUCACCUAAAGGAUUAUUAGGAACACCAUACUAAUACUGUGUUUGACCCCCUUUCGCCUUCAGGACUGCCUUAAUUUUACAUGGCAUUGAUUUAACAAGGUGCUGAAAGCAUUUUUUAGAAAUGUUGGGCCAUAUUGAUAGGAUAGCAUCUUGCAGUUGAUGGAGAUUUGUGGCAUGCACAUCCAGGGCACGAAGCUCCCGUUCCACCACAUCCCAAAGAUGCUGUAUUGGGUUGAGAUCGGGGUGACUGUGGGGGCCAUUUUAGUACAGUGAACUCAUUGUCAUGUUCAAGAAACCAAUUUGAAAUGAUUCGAGCUUUGUGACAUGGUGCAUUAUCCUGGAAGUAUGGAAGUAUGAAGAUGGGUACAUGGUGGUCAUAAAGGGAUGGACAUGGGCAGAAACAAUGCUCAGGUAGGCCGUGGCAUUUAAACAAUGCCCAAUUGGCACUAAGGGGCCUAAAUUGUGGCAAGAAAACAUCCCUCACACCAUUACACCACCACCAUCAGCCUGGAAAGUGGUAACAAGGCAUGAUGGAUCCAUGUUCUGACUCUACCAUCUGAAUGUCUCUACAGAAAUCGAGACUCAACCGACCAGGCAACAUUUUUCCAGUCUUCAAAUGUCCAAUUUUGGUGAGCUCGUGCAAAUUGUAGCCUCUUUUUCCUAUUUGUAGUGGAGAUGAGUGGUACCCGGUGGAGUCUUCUCCUGUUGUAGCCCAUUCGCCUCAAGGUUGUGCGUGUUGUGGCUUCACAAAUGCUUUGCUGCAUACCUUGGUUGUAACGAGUGGUUAUUUCAGUCAAAGUUGCUCUUCUAUCAGCUUAAAUCAGUCGGCCUAUUCUCUUAGCCUUAACAAGACUUUUUCGCCCACAGGACUGCUGCAUACUGGAUGUUUUCCCUUUUCUCACCAUUCUUUGUAAACCCUAGAAAUGGUUGUGCGUGAAAAUCCCAGUAACUGACAUUCUUUCCCAUUCUGACAUUCAGUUUGGAGUUCAGGAGAUUGUCUUGACCAGGACCACACCCCUAAAUGCACCGAAGCAACUGCCAUGUGAUUGGUUAAUUAGGUAAUUGCAUUAAUGAGAAAUUGAACAGGUGUUCCUAAUAAUCCUUUAGGUGAGUGUAUAACAACAGGGGUGUAAAAAUGUAUCAUACUAUGAUCUGACAAUAAUAAAACUAAUACCCAGGGCCACCUCAAAAUUAAUGGAGACUGCUACCAAAUAUUAAUGGAUGGCUCUUCUUAGUUCAUCUCAUUUGAGAUUAUAUUUCUUUCAAGGAUUGUUAGAGAAAAUAUUUACACCCCUUUAAGACAUACCUCUGCAUAUGAGUUAUUUGCAAACGUAUUUGGUUGAGAAAGGGAACACAUGUUCACAACAUAUUUUAAUUUGCCAAGAUGCAAAAAUAUUAUUCCACAGUCAGUACCUAAAAAGUAAAAAAAAUAUAUAUAUAUAUAUAUAUAUAUAUGUGACCCUAGAUUACAAAACCAGUCUUAAGUCGCAUGGGUAUAUUUGUAGCAAUAGCCAACAAUACAUUGUAUGGGUAAAAAUUAUAAAUUUUUCUUAUUAUGCCAAAAAUCAUUAGGAUAUUAAGUAAAGAUCAUGGUCCAUUAAAAUAUUGUGUAAACUUCCCCUAAAUACAUAAAAAAAUAUUUUUGUGAGUUGAUGCAGUUGCUAAGGACUUCAUUUGGACAACUUCAAAGGCGAUUUUCUCAAUAUCAUGACUGGUUUUGUGGUCCAGGGUCACAUAGUCCUGGUGUGGGACAAAAACGUGGUAGUCACAUAAUUCAAUAAAGGUGAAACAUUAAUUAGGUACAGCAUUGAAAAGCUACAGUAUAUAUUACAGUACUGUACCGCUGACCACCUAGCUGCACAGCAUAGAGUAACUACUGUUAACUAUUCUGUUAUUUCAUUUCAAGUGUUAUUAAGUGUUUACUUCUAAGAUUUAGUAUUAAUUCUACUGACUACAUCUUAUUUUAGGUGCAAAAGAUGCUAAGCUGCUCAUACAGUAUAACAAUACUUGUGUUUUCUUAUUCUAAAACAGCUUUUUAUUUUUACCCUUUACAUAUUAUAUGUUUCUAAAGUUUGUGUCAUGUCUUAAGGGAUAUCCUGAUGUUUUCGGUAUUCACAGGUCAAUCUGUUGUUUAACAUUAAAUGUUUUACAUGUUGUCCUAUUACCCCUUAUUCACUUUAUUUAGUUUCAUUAACUUAGGUUUUAGAGAUUUUUUUGUGAAAAAGUAUUCAUCUACUUUACAUGAUUUAAAACUGUUACUAAAUAGAUUUUGUUUAGGUAUUUCUUACUAAGUGAUUAAUUAUUAAGCAUCACUUGUCUGAUAAUGUAAUAAUGUAAUGAAUGGACUACAUGAACCUCAGAAUCUGACAAGGGGUCUCAUUCACUAAGCAUGCGUACGCACAAAUUUGUUCGUGAAAUAACAAAAACUUUCAUACUAAAAUUUCUUCUAAAUGUUUGAACAACUUGGACCACACGUACACAAUAAUCAUGAACAAGAAAAAAGAACGCUAUAAAAUAUAUCUGUGUUAUAUAUUUUAUAUAUUUUUUUUCUUGUUCAUGAUUAUUGCAAACAUGUGGUCUAACUUGUCCUUACGUUUCUCCAUACAUUUAAAAUAAAGGAUUUUUUUGUGUGAAAGUUUUUGUUAAAUCAUAAUUUGUUAGUUAAAACAUCCGUUCACACAUUUUAUGAACAAAUUUCAAAUUACACAUGUUUAAUGAAUGAGACCCAAUGUUUCCAAAAUAUGGCAGUGCUGAAGUUCUGGUCUGAAGAUUUUUGAACCGUUGGUCAGGUUUUCUGUACAAACAAUUAUAUAUGUUAAUAUGUUUAAGACAAUGAAUAUUGUCUUAUUAAGGCUUUUGUAUAGUGCAUUUACAUUAUGUAAUGGAUAUGUUGAGCUAUUUUCAUUAUUGCAAGGUGGUUUGAUGUAAAGCAAUAAAAUAUUCCUUUCCCUUUU